GAAGCCGCCUCUCUCUUUUCGUCUGCUCCCCUCUGCCCAGGGUGGAUGCGCCCGGGCCGAUUGCCCUGCCACUGCCCGUACGUGCCACACUGCAGCUGCCCUGACAGUCCAAGCAGGGGCACUGGCAAGGUGUUCCCUCCUCCUCCUCCUGGACUUGACACGGCUCCCGCCUGCCUCCCGCCUCACAUCCCACAACAUCCGCAGCCCAGCCGCGUUGCCGCAGCCAGCCUCCCGGCGCGGGACACGGGCGCCAGAGCUUUGCAGAGCGCCCGGCAGGCACGGAACGGACCCAGCUGAGCCUGAACUGCCCGCCGGAAUCCCACAGCCCCUAGCAGAAGGGCAGCUCCUCCAGGUACCCAGAAGAUGGUCCACAGGUGCCCAAUGUACCUGCUGGUGCCUGAGGGUGCCCAUCGCGGCUUGUUGGUCGCAGCCGGAGGGCCACUCAUGGCAGCAGCUUGCCCGGCUACCGGGAUUGUUAACUGCUUGGGCUGAGGAGCUAGUGAGAAUCGUCCGUUCCAGUGGCAGAGAUCUGGGGUGCAUUAUCCCCGUGGCAGAGAUCCGGGGUGCAGUGUCCCAGUGGCAGAGAUCCAGGGUGCAGUGUCCCAGUGGCAGACGUCCGUGGGCCCAUAUCCUGGUGGCAGAAAUCUGGUGCGUGCUAUUCCUGUGGCAGAGAUCUGGGACACGUUAUCCCCGUGGCAGAGAUCCAGGGUGCAGUGUCCCGGUGGCAGACGUCUGUGGACCCAUAUCCCCGUGGCAGAGAUCUGGGGCGUGCUAUUCCUGUGGCAGAGAUCUGGGGCGCAUUAUGCCCGUGGCAGAGACCCACGGGUGAGUUCUUGAGCCAUCUCUAACCUCAGCAUCUCGACCCUUCCCCGGCGACUAUCCUGGGCGCUCUGAGGGUGCCGAAGGAAUAUCGGGGGUCAGAGCCGGGGUGACCUGGGUUCUAUUUCUGGCCUGCAAUGGAGGGUCUCAGCUCGCCUGGCCAGUGCAUGGCAGGGGGCGUCCCCCCGGAGGGCGUGAUGCAGCGGGCCCGGGCGCUGAAGGGCAAAGCCAGCGCCAGCUUCCGGCGUAAGCGGGAGUUCAUCUCGGACGAGAAGAAGGAUGCCAGCUACUGGGAGAAGCGCCGGAAGAACAACGAGGCGGCCAAGCGCUCGCGGGAGAAGCGGCGCUUCAACGACCUGGUGCUGGAGAGCCGGGUGCUGGCGCUCAACGAGGAGAACCUGCGCCUCAAGACGGAGCUGCUCCAGCUCAAGCUGCGCUUCGGGCUGAUCAGCACCGCCGCCUUCGUGGAGAAGAGCCACCAGCUGAGCGCCGCCAGCCGGGAGCACGGUGGGGGCAGCAGCGGCUACUCCAGCGCCUCCUCCCGGGCCCAGCACUCGGAGGACUCGUCCGAGACGGAGCAGUCCGGCCGGGACGCCGCCGGGGCCAAAUACUCGCCGCGGGGCUCCCUCUCCGACAUGUCCGACGGCUCCUCCCGGGACAGCCCGCUGCCACGGACGCCGGGGGAGGCGCAGGCUGUGAGCAGGGCCCGGGGGGAUGAUGUGGCGCUGUGCCCCCCCGAUCCCCAGGCCCCGGCCUCCCGGGGCGUCAUCCUCUUCAGCGCCAACGGCUUCACCGCGGUGGAGCCACCUCAAGCCUGGGAGGCGCAGGGGAGGGGGGACGGGCCAGAGGAGGAAGAAGAGGAGAAGGCCCUGGGGAGCUAUGCCCAGCAGAUUCCCGGGGGUCGCCAUGGCAACUCUGAGGCCUAUUGCCAGCAGGGGGAGCUGCAGGGCCCCCCCGAGGCGUAUGGCUGCCCACGGGCCGAGGGCUACGGCGCCCCUGCUGGCUUCCUUGGGGAGGAGGAGGCGCGGGAGGCCAGGCCGGAGCCCAUGGAGAUGGCGGUCGAGCCAAGUUCCCCCUUUGCGGGUUACUCCAGCGAGGAGAGUGGGGAGGAGCCCGGCUGGGGGUGCCUGCCCGCCCCCUACCCGCCCACUCCGGACGUCAAGCUGGCCGCCCUGCCCCACAAGCUGCGCCUCAAAUGCCGGGCCCACAGCAGCGGUGGCCAGGACCUGGGCCCUGAGCCUGGCGCCACCGGCUGCCAGCAGGAGGCGCCAGCCGACUGGGAGAGCGAGAGGCACGAGGAGAUGGCGGCCCUGGUGCGGCAGGCGCUGCUCCUCAACGGGCACCCCCCCGCUGCUGGCGCCCUGGACAGCCUCCUCUACUGCAGCCCCCCACCCCCCUCAAACAGGCCCGAGCCUGAGGACUUCGCUGGAGGGUGGAGGGGAAGUUGCCACAAUGAGGGCACCAGGCCCAUAUGAGCAUUGCCCCCGAGCAGGGCACGGACCUUGAACAGCUGCUGCCUGGGCAGGGGACGUGGACAAAGCCAGCACUGACUGUCCUGCUGGCCCUGGGGACCUGCCCGGCUGGGAUCCAGUGAGCAGAGAGAUCCCUGUCCUGCUGGGCCUGGGGAUCUGCCCGGCUGAGAUCCAGUGAGCAGAGAGGUCCCUGUCCUGCUGGGCCUGCGGGCCUGCCUGGCUGGGAUCCAGUGAGCAGAGAGAUCCCUGCCCUGCUGGGCCUGGAGAUCUGCCCAGCUGGUAUUGAGUGAACAUAGAGAUACCUGUCCUGCUGGGCCUGGGAAUCUGCCUAUCUGGGAUCUGGUGAGCAGAGAGGUCCCUGUCCUGGUGGGCCUGACAAUCUGCCCAGCUGGGUUCUGAUGAGCAACAAGAUUGCCAUCCUGCUGGCCUGGGGAUCUGUCGAGCUGGGAUCCAGUGAGCAGCAAAAUCCCCAUCCUGCUGGGCCUGGGGAUCCAGAGAGCAGCAGGUUCUGCUUGGCUGGGCUUACAGAUUUGGGAGCUGUUGGAUGGUUCCCACCAAGCCAACAUCUGAGCCCCCCGUGCUGGGUGGGGCUGUCUUUACGGAGAGAACCAAGGGGGAUCUCCCCACCCCCUUUGGCUUUGGAGCCCCCAGGAUGGUGACAGCAGGGUGCAGCCAGGACCUGGGACCAACAGCCUCCUUCAUGCUGGGACUGUCUCACCAACAAUGCCACCAGCCGGACUUGUAGGCUGGGGGCUGGGGGGAUUUUCUGAGUCAGGAAAC